AUGUUUUCGAAAAGACCAGAUAAGCUCACUACUGGGCUCAUCAACAUGACUACCGACUGUUUUGCGAACGUUUGCUUGCAAGCUCUGGCUUCUCUUCCAGGGCUCAAUGAGUAUCUGAAUGCGAUGACCGAGUUUAGGAACUCUCUCAUUGAGCAAGGAGCUAAGUUGCCGUCAUUCCAACUUCACCAGGCGCUCAUUCAUCUUUUGUCUAAACUCCAAGAGACCGUGUAUCGGCCCCGUGUGUUAUCAGUUUGGGAAUUUUUGCAUGUUAUUGAGAAAAUUUACAACAGCAAGAUAUCUGUCAGCCAGCACGACGCGCACGAGCUUUUGCAGCUCAUUUUGGAGACUUUGGAGAGAGAACAUGUUCAGCUAAGAAAGACGGCCCCCACUGUUCCUGAAUUCCCCUUCAAGGGGGAGGUUUCCUCACAGCUACGUUGCAUGAGAUGCGGCAAGAAGAGCUCGACCAAUUACAACCCGAUGAUGAUUCUCUCUCUCCCUGUUCCUCAAGAGUCGUCUAUUGAUUUGGAGAGUAUGCUGAGAGGCAGCGAGAGUGAUAUCAUUGAUGACUACUCUUGCACACGGUGCAAAAUAAAUUAUAUUCUUAGCACUGCCAAGGAAAACAGCCCUACGUUGAACAAACUUAAGAAGAAGCUCAAUGACGAGCUCCUGAUAAAUGACGACUUGGAGCCUGAACUAGACGAAUUUGUUCAGAGUUACGAGGGUAUCAAGUCUGCUAACGUGAAGUCGACGGUACACAAGGAGACCUCGAUCAUUCUUCCUCCCAAGCUGCUUGCCGUCCAUCUUUCGAGAUCCAUUUAUGACACACAGGCCAGACGCAACCAAUGCAAUGUGGAAUUCAAGGAAAUUUUGAAGCUGAACGACCACAACAUCAGUUCGGACGCAGACGAGGGAAUCAAGACCAUCACCUAUAAGUUGAAUGCUGUGGUGCGGCACCAAGGUUCUCAUUCGCUCGGGCACUACGAGUGCUACCGGCGAAAACCUGUGUUUUACAAAAACGCCGUGACAGGCGAGUACUACCAGAAGUUUCCAAAGCUAGAGGGCGUGGAAAACGAGGCCAAGGAGAACGAGGGUACCGCCGCCACAGACAUGAAGAGACAGACACGCGACAAGAAGCUGGCGAGCUCGGUGAAAACCCCAUUCUGGCGCAUCAACGACUCCAAGAUUACCGAGUGUUCGCUGUCCGACGUUAUGGACGACUCUCGGGCUGUGUACAUGUUAUUUUACGAGAGAGUGGAUUGAAUAGAAGAGUUGCAAAUUUGAUUACUUUCACUGGAUCACCGCCACAAGGUCGCCCGCCUCAACCAUGUCUCCGUUGGUGUGUAGAAUUUUGAUCACUUUUCCUGCCCUCGGCGAACUCACCAGCAUUUCCGUCUUCAUGGCCUCGACAACGACCAGGCCCUGACCAUCCUUCACCUCCUCGCCGACCUCGACCAGCGGCUUCCAGAACCGUCCAGAAUACUCCGAAUACACCAUCUCGGCAUCUUCCGGAUAGCUUUCUUCCUUCUCCGCGGCGGCAGAGCCGGACUUUUGCAGCUCUGCGUUCGAGACCUGGAUCAGUCUCUUGAACUCCUCGAGCUUCUCGCCGCCCUGUUUUUUCUGGAACUCCUCGAUCGACUCGGAAUUCUCCUGGAUCCAGGACAGGUACUUUCCAUGGUCAAACACAGACUCCAGCAUCUCGACCUUGUAGUAGCCAUGCUUCGAGUCCUCGGCCAUCUGAUCGAGUUCUUCCUCCGUCACAGGGAAAAAUUCCACCUGGUCGAACGGAGUCAGCAACCAAGGAUGACCCUCGUUGUGAGCAGCAGUGUGUGCUCCCAAGGACAGCUUAUCCCAGAUAGGAAUUGUUCUUCCCACCAGUUGGUAGCCACCAGGCGACUCCAUGGUGUAGAUGCACAUGUACAUGCCUCCAAUGCCAACGGUGCCGUUGGGCGUGAACGUUCUGGACGGAUUGUACUUGGUGCCGAGGAACCGGUGACGAGGGUCCAGCGGCACGGCGCACGGAGCACCCAGAAACACGUCUCCCAGUCCAAGGACCAGGAACCGCGCCGUGUACAGCAUGUCCUUGACGGCAGACCUCUCGAUGCCGUUGAUCUGCGCAAUGAAGUCGACGUUGUUGGGCAGCCAUGGCGCGCUGGAUCUAAUUGUCUCGGAGUACCUCUUCACGGCGUCCAGCGUCUUCUUGUCCUCGAACGCCAUAGGCAGUCGCACAACACGUGACUUCACCGUCCACUUGUUGGUGAACGCCACCUCUCUCUCGUACGCAAUAAGCGUCUCGACCAAGUCGCUCUGAUGGAUCUUGGUUCCGUCGAACUCGACCAGCACAGACCGCACGCCUUGCGACAUUUCCACAAUUCCAACGGUUUCAUGUGUGUUCACCAUCUCAAUCAGCUUGUGCACUCUAUACGACAAGUUCAAAUUCAUCACGUUCUCGCCGUACUCCACAAGCACGUAGCGGUCGCCGGCCUGUCUGUACGUGACGACGGGGGCCGUAGACGAGCCUCCAGGCUGGUAUCUGGCCAGGACAGGGUCCUGGGGAGUAAGGAGACCGUACUCAAUGGCAGGCAUGGUGCCCUGCAACGUCUCGAUGGCCCUGUCCUGGUCCACCUUCAAUUUGAGAGCAUCAUCGAACGAAACCGGGUAGAACGUGAUCAGAUCGCCCGGCUUGACCUGGCCAAUCUUCCACAUCUCGGCCUGCGCAACAACAGCCUGACACACAAAUCCUCCGAGCGAAGGGCCGUCGCAGGUCAAAAUGACCGGCUCGUCUCCGGUGAAAUUGAUAGCUCCCAGCGAGUACACGUAGUCGUGUGCAUUCGACGGGUGCAAGCCACCCUCUCCGCCAUCCUCUCUGGCCCAUUUCGGCUUAGGGCCAAUCAGUCUCACUCCGAACCGAUUGGAGUUGUAAUGCACUUUCCAAGGGUUGGCAAAAAAGUCAAGGACAGAUUCCUGCAGGAAGAAGUCUGGCGACCCGUGCGGGCCGCACGUGACAGCAACGCGCCAUUCCUUGGCAGCUAUUGGCGGAGCCAGCGACUUAGGAACGGGCUGCGGAGCGGACACGGGAGCAGGCAGCGUGCAAGCGGCCAGGUUGGGCUGGCCUAGGAAUAGCACGUCUCCGAGCUUGAGCACUCUGCCGUUGUAGCCUCCAAGAUUACCCAGGGCAAAGGUUGAUCUCGAGCCAAGGUACUCGGUGACGUCGAUUCCGCCCCUGAUGGCCAAGUAGCUUCUGCAGCCAGACGUGAGUUUGCCAAUCACCAGUUUGUCGCCUCUCUUGACAGUCAGCGGCUGGUACAUAGCCACUGGCUGCCCGUUGAGGGUCAAAGGAACGUCUCCUCCAGUGACGCCGAUCACAGCCUCGUGGUGGAACAGGAUGGACGGCCCAGUGAGGGUGAUUUCAAUAGCGGGCGCUCUGUGGUGAUUGCCAACGAUCCGGUUUGCGAGUCUGAACGAAUACGCGUCCAUAGGGCCCGAUGGAGGCACACCAAUUCGCCAGUAGCCAGUUCUGCCAGGGUAGUCCUGCACCGUGGUGUAGGCGCCCGGAGACGUGAUCUCAAACGCGUUGGCCUUGUACUCAAACGAGUCCAGAACCUUUGUGGCGACCCUGGCCUGCUCAAACAUGUCCGAGUUGGCGAUCGAACGCAGAUAGUCGAUGUUGGUGAUACACCCGUACACCACCGUCUCGUCAAGGGCCUGUCUCAGUUUUUUAAGUGCGUCUGCUCUGUCCGUGCCAUGGACAAUGAUUUUGGCCAGCGUCGGGUCGUACUCGGCAGAAACCACGGUUCCUGUCUUGACCCAUGUGUCGACUCUUGCCCAGGAUGGGAACUUGACUUCCGUGAGCUGGCCUGGCGAAGGCAUGAAGUCCUUGACCGGGUUUUCGGCGUACAGUCUGGCUUCCAUCGAUGCACCGUUGCAUUUGAUCGGCUGGCUGAAGUCGGGGGCCAUGUCGGCCGCAAUGUAGAGCAUCCACUCCACAAGAUCCAGCCCGGUGACCUGCUCCGUGAUCGGGUGUUCGACCUGCAACCGUGCGUUCACCUCAAGGAAGUAGAACUCGUCUCUUUUCUCGUCGUAGAUGAAUUCCACCGUACCAGCGCACUUGUAGUUCAUUGAGGCUCCCAGCUGCUCGGCUGCCUUUCUCAUCUUGGCUCUUGUAGAGUCUGGAAGGUUGGGAGCAGGGGUCUCCUCGAUAAUCUUCUGGUUUCUUCUCUGCAGCGAGCAGUCUCUCUCGCCCAGAGCAAUGGCCUUGCCGUAACCGUCUCCAAACAUCUGGAUCUCCACGUGACGCGCGUUCUCGACAAACCGUUCCAGGAACACGCCUGCGUCUCCAAAGUACGCUUUGCCUUGGUGCUGCACCGUCUGGAAAACGCGCUCGAUGUCGUCUGGCGAGUCCACCUUCUGCAAUCCGAUACCACCACCGCCCGCAGUGGACUUCACCAUGACAGGAUACUCCAGCUUUGCGGCUAUCUCCUUGGCCUCCGCAGCAGUAGCCACGAGUCCGGACCCAGGAACCAAUGGAACGCCAGCUUUCUCGGCAAUUUCUCUGGCAGAAUGCUUGAGACCCAAUUUUCUAAUAGCAUCCCCGGA